AUGGAUGCAAACAACGCCGCUUCUAGAAGAUUGAGGAGAAAAAUAUUGAUGAGAGCCAAGUCAUCCAAACAAAACAUUAAUAUCUUAGAUGAAAAUGGUACGCCACACAUACAUACAAGUAGACGUGGUGUUUCAACCACUGGACAAAACUUUGUUGCAAGAACUCCAUUGUCUGAGUUAACCAUUGCAACAAAUGGAACAACUCAUAUUAAUUCCAUUGCCACAACAUCAAUUGACAUACAAUCAGCCACGUUGAACAACAACAAACGUAAGAAUCCUACUUAUUUCACUGCAACCUCUUGUGACCAUACAGUUGAUGCAGCAAGUACAAGUACAAGUACAAGUACAAGUGGUCAAAUGACUACUUUCCAUUGUGAAAUGUUUGCACUUGCUGAAACACAAGAAAUAGUAGACUUUGGAGAUCCCUCUUAUACAUGCUCUGAAUGUGGUGCUCAAAUGUGGUAUGAGGAGCGAGCUGAGAAAAGUGUUAAUAGCAACCUACCUAAGUUUUCACUUUGUUGUAUGAAAGGAUUAGUACAGAUUCCAUACUUAAAAAGGCCUCCGGAGUUGCUAAUGAGCUUAAUACAUGGACAAGAUCCAAGGAGUAAACAUUUUAAAGAAAAUAUUCGAGCAUAUAAUAGUAUGUUUUGUUUCACCUCUAUUGGUGGAAAGAUCCAAUCAAACUCGAGUAGGGGUGGAGGACCACCGCAAUUUAUUCUUAGUGGACAAAAUUUCCACAGAAUUGGCAGUCUAAUUCCAGAGGAAGAAGCAACUCCAAAAUUUGCCCAAUUAUAUAUUUAUGACACAGUGAAUGAGAUAUCUAACAGAUUUAAUCAUUUUAGGUAUAAAUCUUAUUUGGACAUCGACAAGUUCAUUUCAGCAGAACUACCUGAUUGUAAUUUAUAUCCAAAACUUGCAAAUGUUGUUUCAAGUUUCAUGCUACAUGGUCCAUGUGGAUCUUCCAAUCCAAAAUCUCCGUGCAUGAAAGAUGGCAAGUGCUCAAAGUAUUUUCCAAAGGAUUACCAAUCUUCAACUAUAGUUGACGAUGAAGGUUAUCCAAAGUACAAGCGACGAGAUACUGGUUUGUCCGUUUUGAAAAAAGGAAUCAGUUUGGACAAUAGGUUUGUAGUUCCAUACAAUCCACAUUUGUUGAUGAAAUAUCAAGCACAUGUCAAUGUUGAGUAUUGCAACAAGGGAAACUCAAUAAAGUAUUUGUUUAAGUAUGUUAAUAAAGGACCAGAUAGAGCCACAAUAGAGAUUUCAAACCGAACAGAAAAUGGCCAGGUACUUGAUGAGAUAAAACAAUACUAUGAGUGCAGGUAUUUGGCCCCGUGUGAGGCUGUUUGGAGAACUUUUGAGUAUGACAUCCAUCAAAGGUGGCCUCCUGUUAUAAGGCUUUCAUUUCACCUUGAAAAUGAGCAAUCUGUAAUGUAUUCAGAAAAUUAUUCAAUUCAAUCUGUUGUGGCGCGUAAUGAAGAACUUGACACAAUGUUUUUGGCUUGGUUUGAGGCAAACAAAAAGUAUCCUGAAGGAAGAGAAUUGACUUAUGCUGAAUUUCCUACAAGGUUUGUUUAUAUAAAAAAUAGCAAAACAUGGCAGCCCAGAAAGCAAGGUAAUUCAAUUGGAAGACUUACUUAUAUUCCCCCAGGAGGUGGGGAUGUUUAUUUUUUGAGACUCCUAUUGACAAUACAAAAAGGGUGCACAAGUUACAAUGAUAUUAAGAGAGUGGAUGGCACAACACAUAAAACCUUUAAGGAAGCGUGUUUUGCACUUGGGUUGCUGCAAGAUGACAAUGAAUUUGUGUAUGCUAUUACUGAAGCAAGUCAGUUGGCCUCUGGACAUCAAUUGAGGAGAUUAUUUGUUAUAUUAUUGUUCAUGAAUUCAAUGACAAAUCCUUUUGUUGUUUGGGAAGCUACAUGGAAACUUUUAUGUGAUGGAAUUUUAUACGAAAAAAGGAAAAUGUUAAACAACCCAGGCCUUCAAAUAAGUGACGAUGAGUUAAAAAAUAUUUGUUUGGUUGAGUUGGACAAACUACUUUUCAUGAGUGGUAAAUCUCUUAAAAGUUUUAAGACCAUGCCAUGCCCUACCCAUUCAAAUAUGAAUCAAUUUGAAAAUAGGUUCUUGGCUGAUGAAUUAAACUAUGACAAAGAUGAGUUAGCUGCAACCCACAUCUCAUUAUUGUCAUCCUUAACCGCAGAACAAAGGUCAGUGUAUGAUCAAAUUAUUGCUUCUGUGAUGACUAAUUCGGGAGGGUUUUACUUCUUAUAUGGAUAUGGAGGCACAGGAAAAACAUUUAUCUGGAGAACUUUAUCAGCUGCAUUGAGAUCCCAAGGUUCAAUUGUUUUAAAUAUUGCCUCCAGUGGGAUUGCAGCUUUAUUAUUACCUGGAGGAAAAACAGCUCAUUCCGCAUUAAAGAUUCCUUUGGUUACAACCGAAACAUCUACAUGUGACAUCAAACAACGCACUGAUAGAGCUAAUCUUAUCAUACAUUCUAAGCUUAUUAUAUGGGAUGAAGCUCCAAUGCUAAAUAAAUUAUGUGCUGAAGCUGUAGAUCGUACUUUUAGAGAUAUCAUGAGGACUGUAGAUGAGGCUAACCUACAUAAACCAUUUGGUGGGAAGGUAGUUGUUUUUGGAGGUGAUUUUAGACAAAUAUUACCUGUUGUUAGAAAAGGUUGUAGGCAUGAUAUAGUGGCAGCUUCAAUAAACUCAUCUGAAUUAUGGAAAUACUGCAAGGUUUUGACAUUAUCAAGAAACAUGCGUUUAACAUCUGCAGAACCCAAUGCAUAUACUAAUGACAUUAAAGAUUUUGCAGAUUGGAUGCUUGAUAUUGGAAACGGUAAACAUGACUCAAAUGAGUUAGGGGAGAGUAUUAUUAAUAUUCCUGAAGACUUAUUGGUAACAAAUUCCCAAAAUCCUCUAUUAUCUCUGUUUGAAUUGACAUAUCCACUGCUUUUACAGAACAUAAACAAUUUGAAAUACUAUGAAGAGAGGGCAAUACUUGCUCCGACUCAUGAUACUGUAGAUAUCGUUAAUGAUUAUAUUUUAUCAUUAAUUCCAGAAGAGGAAAAGGAAUACAUUAGUUCAGACUCAACUGUCCUUUCUGAUGAAAAUUGUGCUGUGCAGGGAGAUUGGUUCACACCAGAAUUUUUGAAUGACAUGAAAUGUUCUGGAAUUCCAAAUCACCGAUUAAGAUUAAAGAUUGGUGUUCCAGUCAUGCUUUUGAGGAACAUUGAUCAAGCUAAUGGACUAUGUAAUGGAACAAGGUUGCUCAUAAAUGAAUUGUGUACAAAUAUUAUUGGAGCAACUGUGAUCACGGGAAAAAACAUCGGUGAUAAGAUUUAUAUACCAAGGAUGAAUUUGGUUCCAUCUGAUCCAGCUUUCCCAUUUAAAUUCCAGAGAAGACAAUUUCCAUUGUCGUUGUGUUUUGCAAUGACCAUAAAUAAGAGUCAAGGUCAAUCUCUUUCUCAAGUUGGUUUGUAUUUAAAGCGACCUGAAUUUACUCAUGGUCAAUUCUAUGUGGCUAUUUCACGAGUAAAGUCUAGGGAAGGAUUGAAGAUUGUUAUUUUAGAUGAAGAAGGAAAACUAUGUACCGAUACCAAAAAUGUUGUGUACAAAGAAAUUUUCAAUAAUUUGUAAACAUGUAUACGACAUUCUUUUUACGGUUAUAUUUGUUUAUUGUAAGUUAUUUUUUGUAUGGAAU